GAUAUCACCCAGUCUACCCCAGAAGACAACAAAAUAUUAAUGUCAGAAACAAUUUUUGACUUUAUUAGAAACUGGAAAUCUGUAAAACAUUGUUACGUCCCUGCGGAACUGAUGACUGAUGUUUGUUGUAUGAUCGCCGAGUACUGUCGGAGCCGAGUUCAGCCGAUGCCAGUAAUUUGUAUCAGUACUGAUGAAUCGUGAACUGAACCAUUCCAUCUGAUGUGUCAUGGUGUAGAAAGUAAAGUUGCAUAAAAUGGAAGAAAUACUCAACAUCUUAUUCAAGUACUGUGCUUGACUUUGUGUAAUUAGUUACCUCUGAGGACUGAGUGCAAUCCUUUCAAACCGUCUGACUUAAGAACAAAGACGCAACUACAAAGAAGGAAUCUGUGGCACACCCUCAAGUCACUCAGUAUUUAUUUAUACAUCGCUUUAACCAGCGUUUAAGUGGUGCAGCAUCAGCACACUUCAUAUCGCGACUUUCAAAACACUGUUUGCCCCUGGAUUAGUCUUAAGUGGAGACGCUCACUCUGUAACUCAUUGUGUAUCAACAAAUCGCUGCAGAUCUGAGGGCUCUGAAGAAUAAAGAGGCGGGCCUUCCAGCCGUCUGUUCCAGUCCGGUGUAGUUUGCUUCCACCAAGCACGCCCCGACCUGCCUCCUCAGCACCUUUCAGCAGAUUGCACAUAUUAUUCCUUGCAUGUGAACCCCUGCUCAGAAAUGGUUAUUUACACUCAAACCAAUGUUGACAGGCAGACCUGCUGUCUGCACACAUGCAAUAUUAAUCCAGGGAUCGUGUUGCAGAUGGCCUCCAAUCAGCGCCGGCUUUUUUUUUUUUUUUUUUGCCUCUCUGGUUUUUAUGCAAGCGUUUCAGCAUGAGUGUUUCCUGUGUUUGCUGCAGAUGAAACCCAAGAUUUGAAGCACAGAUCCAGCAGACUCUCUAUAGUCCUGAUGAGAAAAAUGUUCACACUGAGGUGAAGAGGCAGCACGAAGAUGAAGAGCACACUGGAGAUCCCUAUCAUUACGUUCACCCACAGACAGGGAAAACCCCACGGUCGCCACCCACACUGGCUCCUGUGCUGUGAGUCCACGUGGUCCUCGGUGAUAAAUGUCAGGGGUGUACCUGCCUUUGUCCUCUUGUGCUCCUGUCCUAAAGGAAAACACCCAGGGGAGCUGAGGAUAAAGUCUCCAUGGUGACGCGCCGACAUCUGCGUGCUGUUCCAGGAACACGCUCUGCGAACGCCGCAGCUGCUCUCUGUUUUCUCUGGGUCAACACACUGUGCUGCCGCUGAGAUCAGCAUGGCAGGGUCCACAGGCUGUGCUGGAGCGAGGUAUUGCCUGCAAGCGUACCCUUUCUCUUUACCUCCGUGUUUCUGUCUUUGUGUCAUCUGUGCGGGGGCCCGGCGCUGCCUGUGCAGGCCCGUGCCCAGGGUCAGGAGGAGGAGGAGGGAGAGGAAGGCCAUGACCCAGCAGGGGCUCACUGUGCUGGACGUGGGGCUGAACAGGUUGGGCAAACACCUGAUGAGGGAGUUGGUCGUGUGCAAACAGGCAGCAGCCCACACUUCCUCCCACCUCCAUCGCCACCUGACAUCGAGGGCGACGACGACCCACACUGACAGGCAGCAGAGGUAGCUGACAGCAUGAGACAAGCUCUUUUCUCCGUCUUCGUCCGGGUUGUCCUCCUCCUUGUGUUCCGCCUCCCCGACACAACGUCCGUCAGAGUCCGUCACCGUUUGACUUGCUGUCCUGUGAGCGACAGCAGAGUAAGGCCACAGCCGGCUGGUCAGAGUCUCCACAGCAAUCACAGGUGUGAUCAGGAGCAGCACCGCGCCGUACACGUGGCUCAGGAAGAGCACGAAGCGCAGGGCGAUGACAUCACCGGCUGGGUUCAGCUCGGUCAGCCAGGACCCGAUGAUGUAAAGGAAGCUCAGAAAAACUGUGGCAGAAAAAAAGAUAAGUUUUUUUAUAGAGCUUGGUAACUGGACUGGAUUAGAGUAGUGGGAGAUGUGCAGCAGCUCAAUCGAUUUAAAAAAAAAGAAAAGAAAAUGAAAUUAAAGAUCACCCCCAAGACAUCUUGUGAGAAAUAUGAAAACACCCUGCUUGGAAUAGUAAUUUUCGGUGUCUGUGAUGUUUUUCCCACCAGAAAAAAAAAGAUAAAUCGUCUCAUUGGACAUUCAUAAAAUUGCAUCUUCUCCUUAACCCCUCAAACGUUGCUCAUCGCUCACUUCUCCUACGUCAUUGAGAAGUCUAUUCAGCAUGUUAAUAUGCACUGCAGGUGUCUAGUUUCAAGUUUCUAUCACAGUUGGCUUCAAAAUUAGUUAUGAUGUAACAAAAUCUUAAACUGAGAUUGAAGGUGAGGACGGAAAAAAAACGUCUGUUGUUUCUGCCUGUUUUCUUGUAGGGCUGCAACUACAUUUCAUUUCCACUAUCACUUCGUUGAAUUCUCAUUUGGCCAAUACAUCGUAAGGAGAUGGUGACAGAUGCCCAUUAUAAUUUCCUGAAAUCAAAGGUUGAAAUCAGUCUUCUGCUUUGUUCACCGGGUGCAUGCUGAGGAUCUAUGGAGGUCAAAUACAGGUGUCAGAAUAAAAUGGAGACUUUUUCCUAGCCGGUUAAAACUUCCUUAGAGAAGUCGGUGAAGAUCAGGAGGCAGCAGCAGCAGAAACUGACGGGACUGUGGGAGGCAGCCAAGGAGGGCAGGAAGAGAAGACUGCAGGAUGGCUGAACCUCGCUUUAACAAUCCCUAUUUUUGGCCUCCACCUCCUGCCAUGCCCGGCCAGCUGGAUAACCUAGUCUUGAUCAAUAAAAUCAAGGAGCAGCUGAUGGCAGAGAAGAUCCGACCGUCCCAUCUGCCUGCUGCCUCAGCACCUUCCCAGCAGCCCUUGCUGGCUCCCCCGAACCAGGCGGACGGCGUCCAGCACGUGAUGUCCAAAGCCCAGCAGAUGCCGGCCCUCCACGGCCACAGCCCGUCUCAGCCGGACAUCGCCCUGCACGCCCGCCCCGCCUCCAGCUCCGUCACAGGGCCGGUAACAGUUAUUAGUAAUCAAGGACACGAUAUUUGGAGUCGUAUUUUGGGGGAUGUUAAUUUGAAUCUGGACGAAAAAACAGCUUUAAAAGCCAGAGGAUUAUGGGAAGACUGGCAUCUGCGUCAACUCAUCGACCAUCCAUCCAGGACGAACCACGUCUCAGGUGUGGCGCUGGCAUCCAGAACAGGCAACCUCAACACCUCAGAGAUCAUUACCCCCACCACGCCCACCUCAAGCGGCCACAGUCGGCUGGGCGGAGCCCCCACACCUCACCUUAUCUCGGGGCUGGCCUGCAGCCACGGGAUGGACCAUGGGAAGAACAACGGGGGUCUGGUGGGGCUCCUCGGCCCCCCUCCGAAGGUGGAGCGAGGGCGUAAGAAGAUCAAAGCUGAGAAUGGGUCUUCCCUUUUGGUGGUGCCCUACCCGAUCCUCGCCUCAGGCAACGACCAGUCCUGUGUCACCAUCACGGCCAAAGAGGGAAAAACCUACAGGUGUAAAGUCUGUCCGCUGACCUUCUUCUCUAAGUCAGACAUGCAGAUUCACUCCAAAACGCACACGGAGGCGAAGGCUCAUAAGUGUCCUCACUGCACCAAGUCCUUCGCCAACGCGUCGUACCUGGCCCAGCACCUGCGCAUACACCUGGGCGUCAAACCUUACCGCUGCUCCUACUGCGAGAAGUGUUUUCGCCAGCUCUCCCAUCUGCAGCAGCACACCAGGAUCCACACAGGCGAUCGGCCGUAUAAAUGCGCUCACCCAGGAUGUGAAAAGGCUUUUACACAACUGUCAAAUCUGCAGUCUCACCAGAGGCAGCACAACAAAGACAAACCCUUCAAAUGUUCCAACUGUUACCGUGCCUACUCGGACUCUGCCUCCCUGCAGAUCCACCUUUCCGCACACGCCAUCAAGAACGCCAAGGCCUACUGCUGCAGCUUCUGCGGCAGGGCGUACACCUCGGAGACGUACCUCAUAAAGCACAUGACUAAACACACGAUGAUGGAACAUGUGGUGUCCCAUCAAACCCCUCAGCACAGGACAGAGUCUCCUGCCAUCCCUAUACGGAUCUCCCUCAUCUGAGCUCCACACACAUUUCCUGUCCCCCCAUCACAGACAUUUCCUGUGACUUCGGCGCUUAUCUGAUGGACUUUGAACCCAAGAUCGGGUUCCAGAUUGUAAAAGUAUUUUGUAAAGAGGUGCUCUUUUGAUGGGUAUCACCUCCUUUCCUUUCAUGCUGACCAGAUAGUAUUAUCGGGGACAUCCAAAGAUGACUUCUCAGCACUUUCAGGCCUGGGAACGACAGGCCGCAAACAUUUCUUUUUUUCUAUGUGACUUAACAGAAGAACCAACUUGCUCCAGGCAGCUACAUGGAAAACGUUUUGAACCUUUUGUGUUACAACAGCUAACAUUGUCUUUUUGUUUUCUUUAUAUGGUCGUCCGCUUACUUUACUCAAUAGUCUUCCGUUAGCUCGGUUGGCAAGUGAACAUAAAGGUGAAUGCUUAUAUAAAGUGUAUUCAUGUAUAUCGUGCCACUUUUUUACGUCAGUGUUUGCUAUGUUUCACCAAUCACGUAGCCGUAACGCACCCCAUUACGUGUCAGCGCCUUCUGUUUACUCAUUCUGUAACCAUUUUGCUAAACGCCACCCCUGAAUAGGAUGUGUGACUCCUGAUUAGAAGGAUGGAUAUAUUUUCCUUUACAUAUUUUUGUAAUGUUAUAAAAUAUGCUCAAGGCGGUCCUGGAAAAAAAACAAAAAAAAAACGGUUUAACGAAAAAGGAAAUUCCACAGCUAUUACUCAAAAAGACAAAUUGAAAUUCCGGCUGAUGCGGUGAAAGUGAGAGCUUCUGCUUUCAGGUAGAAGGAGUGAAAGCUUGUUUUGGUUAAAAUCACACAAAACUCUCCUGAAAACAUAUUCAUUUGUAUUCAUUUAUCUCGCCGAAUUCACCACGUUAUUACUGAUGUUUGGGUUAAAGGGGCUCUGUGGACUGAGAUACAUCCUUUGAACCGUCCUGUGGAGUUCCUCCUCAGAGAAAUCCACAGUCCAGCAUUGUUAAACAACUUAAUCAGAUCAUCCACAGGCUUCUGUAGGCGGAGAGAGAGAGUCAUAUGUCACAUAUGGCCGAUGAUGUUAUUCAUACAUGUAAAUUGCCUAUUUGCAUGUAUGAAUCAUCUGUGUGAUUUGUUCUGUACGGCCCCCAAUAUCAGGUUGAAUUGAGCUCUUGUAGCAAUUGACGUAGUGGCAACAGUGACAUGUUCCACCUUCACUCUGCCACGCGUACAGAUGGGCUCCUCUGCCGGAAAAUAUGAAUUCUCAGCCGAAGCGUCGCGAGUCUUUGAUGCCUCAUGCGGCCAUCGUUUUAUGAAUGAACUCUCUCCAUUUUAUAUGCAUUUAAGCCUUAACUUUGUUACACCUCUGUAGGGGCCACGCUCUUUAUUCUUUUAUCACUUUUACAUUUGCCUUUUAUGUCACAGCAUGGUGUAUACUGUAUAUAAACUAUAUUGACUGUCAACCUGUUUUAUAAUAAAUGAUUCUAUAAUUA